UGGCCCAGAAGAAGUUUGUCAGUUGUGACUAGUCGUCCGCUUUGGUGGUCAGAUAAGUGAACCCAGUACAGAAGCUACUCGUAUUCUCCAGAGAGGUCACUUCGAUUCAACGACCACAAGUUCCCCUCUGCCAAAGAUUGCACAACCACACGUGGCAACAACCCAUUUGCUCUAAAUUCAUAUUUUGGAUAAGGAAAUGGAUCAUAAUCCCUCAAACCCAACUUUCUUUGCCCACAUCCCCAACUUUUUAAACACACAACCAUCAUCACUGGGCGAUCAGAGAACAGAGAGAGACUAAGAGAUCGCAUCAACAUCACAAUUUGCUAUGGCGUCAAUGACCAUGACAUCUUCAUUUCUCCCUGCCGUCUCAAAGCUUCCAGCAACCGUCUCCGGCAGCGACAGACGAAGCCUCACUGUUGUCAAAGCCUCCACGAGCGAGAACACAACCAAGAAAGAACAGACCAUGAAGAUGAGGAGGGAUCUAAUGUUCACAGCUGCAGCUGCGGCUGUGUGCUCCUUAGCCAAGGUGGCCAUGGCAGAAGAAGAAGAACCCAAGAGAGGGACAGAAGCAGCCAAGAAAAAGUAUGCUCCUGUCUGCGUCACAAUGCCUACCGCCAAGAUUUGCCGUAACUAAGUUCACUAUUUUCACCAACUUAACUAUAUAUAUAUAUAUAUUAUAUCCACGCCAUGUGUCUGUGUUGGUAUUGUAAUGAUCAUAUUUGAUCAAAUCUAUUAAAACCCUUUGUUAAUGUA